CUGUCUUCCCCCGGCCCGAGCGGCGGCGGCGGCGGUGUUUGAGUGCGGGAAGAUGGCGGCUCGGGGCGGCUCGGGGCUGCCCCGGCUCUGAGCGCCCCGAGUGCGGCGAGCGCGGCCGGAGGCGCGGCCAGGCUCCGCCGGCCCUGUCCGCGGCUCCGUCCCCGCCGAGCGAACCCGAGAGCGUGGCGCGGGCCGGGCCAGCUAACGAGUGGAAUGUCAUGGCCAGCUCCUCAGACAGUGAAGAUGACAGUUUCAUGGCUGUGGACCAAGAAGAAGCAGUGCUGGAAGGGACAAUGGAGCAAGAUGAGGAGCCCCAUCCAGUAUUAGAGGUUGACGAGACCAGACAUAAUCGGGCCAUGUCUGAGCUGCCUGAGGAGGUCUUAGAGUAUAUCCUGUCUUUUCUUUCACCAUAUCAAGAACACAAAACUGCAGCCCUUGUCUGCAAACAGUGGUAUCGACUUAUUAAAGGUGUGGCCCACCAGUGUUACCAUGGCUUCAUCAAAGCUGUUCAAGAAGGAAACAUUCAGUGGGAGAGUCGGACUUACCCUUACCCUGGAACCCCUAUCACUCAGCGGUUCUCACACAGCGCAUGCUACUAUGAUGCUAAUCAGUCUAUGUAUGUGUUUGGAGGCUGCACCCAGAGUAGCUGCAAUGCUGCCUUCAAUGACCUAUGGAGACUGGACCUGAAUAGCAAAGAGUGGAUCCGACCUUUGGCAUCAGGGUCCUAUCCUUCCCCCAAAGCUGGAGCAACUCUGGUCGUAUACAAGGACUUGCUGGUGCUGUUUGGUGGCUGGACGCGGCCAAGCCCAUAUCCCCUGCACCAACCAGAGAGAUUCUUUGAUGAAAUACAUACUUACUCUCCCUCGAAAAACUGGUGGAACUGUAUUGUGACCACCCAUGGGCCACCUCCCAUGGCCGGCCAUUCCUCCUGUGUGAUCGAUGAUAAAAUGAUUGUCUUUGGAGGCUCCUUAGGAUCUCGGCAAAUGAGCAAUGAUGUCUGGGUUCUUGACCUUGAGCAGUGGGCCUGGUCCAAGCCGAACAUUUCCGGCCCCAGUCCUCAUCCUCGGGGCGGCCAAUCUCAGAUCGUCAUAGAUGAUACAACUAUUUUAAUCCUCGGAGGUUGCGGCGGCCCCAAUGCUCUGUUCAAGGAUGCCUGGUUGCUGCACAUGCAUUCAGGUCCCUGGGCCUGGCAGCCUCUCAAGGUCGAAAAUGAAGAUCACGGGGCUCCAGAGCUCUGGUGCCACCCUGCUUGUCGGGUGGGGCAGUGUGUUGUGGUCUUCAGCCAGGCUCCUAGUGGGAGAGCCCCACUCAGCCCAAGUUUGAACUCUCGCCCGUCACCCAUCAGUGCCACUCCUCCGGCCCUGGUUCCUGAAACCCGAGAGUACCGCUCUCAGUCUCCAGUCCGGAGCCUGGAGGAAGCCCCCUGUGUUAACGGCCGCUGGGGAACGCUGCGGCCCAGGGCUCAGAGGCAGACCCCCUCGAGUUCCCGGGAAGGGAGUCUGUCCCCGGCCAGAGGCGACGGCUCCCCCGUCCUCAACGGUGGGAGUUUGUCUCCAGGAACAGCGGCUGUCGGUGGCUCUUCUCUGGACAGUCCUGUGCAGGCCAUCUCUCCCAGCACCCCGUCUGCCACCGACGGCUAUGAGCUGAAGAUCGGCCUCUCUCUGGGCCCCCGGCGUGGCUCACUGCCAGAUCAGAAAGAUCUGAGGCUAGGCUCCAUUGAUCUGAAUUGGGAUCUGAAACCCACCUCCAGUAGCAAUCACACGGACAGCGUGGACAGCAGGACAGGCGGGGGGAGUGUGAGACACCCUCCCGAGCAGACGAAUGGUGUGCAUACCCCGCCGCAUGUGGCCAGCGCCCUGGCUGGAGCCGUCUCCCCAGGGGCCCUGCGCCGAAGCCUGGAAGCCAUCAAGGCGAUGCCCGCCAAAGGCCCCUCGGCCUCUGCGGCUCUCAGUCCUCCACUGGGGUCUUCUCCGGGCUCCCCCGGGAGCCAGAACCUGAGCAGUGGAGAGACCGUGCCCAUUCCUCGCCCGGGGCCUGCCCAAGGAGAUGGACAUUCCUUACCUCCCAUUGCCCGCCGCCUGGGCCACCACCCACCACAGUCGCUAAACGUUGGUAAACCCUUGUACCAGAGUAUGAACUGCAAGCCCAUGCAGAUGUACGUGCUGGACAUUAAAGAUACUAAGGAAAAGGGGAGGGUCAAAUGGAAAGUAUUUAAUAGCAGCUCUGUGGUCGGGCCGCCUGAAACCAGCCUGCACACAGUGGUACAAGGCAGGGGCGAGCUCAUCAUAUUCGGAGGACUCAUGGACAAGAAACAGAAUGUGAAGUACUAUCCAAAAACAAACGCCUUGUACUUUGUGCGAGCAAAGAGAUAAUGUGCUCUGAACCUGUUUCCCUUUUUUGUGGCUUUUAAUUUGAAGUUUCCAGUGCAUAAGCAUUUGGACUGAGAAUUGGGAAAAAUGAAAGGACAGAAUUACUCUCCCAUAAACCAAAACCCCAAUUCCCAGCUCACUCACUCUAGGCUGGGAUCAAAUCUCCAUUAAGAAAGAAAUUAUAUAUAAAUAUAUAAAUAUAUAUUAUAUAGCCAACUCUGUUUACAAAGAGGGAGAGAUCUCCGUCCUGGUUCAGAUAAAGGAAAAAAAAUGUUGCUGUGUUUUAGCAGAGGCUGUGCUGCCUUUUUCUACUUUGCUGGUAACUAGACCAAGACUUUUCGGGAACAGAUCGCUAUCCGAACUUUCCUCAGUAAACUGAAGAGCCCUCUGUAAAUCUCUGUGUGGCCUUCUCAGAGUUAGGAGAAGGAAAGGGCCUGAGUGUGUAGAGUGCACAAGUGGAGGAUUCCGAUUUCACAAGCUUUAGGUGCUGGCAGGGUAAAAGUCACUUUUAGGAAACUGUCCUUCCCUUUCUCUGCAAACUAG